AUGUUAGGCUUCGAAAAAGGUACAAUUAAUGUGAUUCGACUAUCGAUUACUUUUAUGUUACAGUUUUUCGCUUAUAUGUCACAAGGUUAGUUAUCUUAAAAACUGCUCAAAUAUUCGUAUUUUCUCCCAGAAUUUAUCCAAGAACCAUUAAUCGAAACAAUUUCUCGAAACACAAAUGACGAAAUCGAUUCUCAUGCUGGCUAUAAUAGUUUCGCUAUAAUGUAUUUUUUCUUCACAAUUUCUUGUCUUUUUGUAACUCCAGUUGUUGAAAGAAUAUCAGCCAAAUGGUCAAUGGUUUUGGGAAUUUUAACUUAUAUGAUCUUCCAAGCUGGAUUUCUGAAUCUGAAUCCGAUCUCCCUUUAUAUCAGUAGUGGGCUUCUAGGAGUUGGAAGUGCGUUGACAUGGAUUGGUCAGGGAAAGUAUUUAACUGAAAAUUGUACAGGUUCAACAAUUGAGAGAAAUAGUUCAAUGAUGUGGGUUAUCCUCAAGUUAUCGUAAGUUGAAAGAGAGAGGGGGGAUCAAGAGAUUUUGAAUCGCGCCCCACUUUUGAGACUUCUAAUUUGGAACAGAGUGACAACUUUUGUAAUAAGAAACGAACCACCUAAAAAUUCUAUCAAGUCCUAUUUUUACUGUAGAGAAAAUUCCUAUUUCCGUGAUUAACUUUUCCGAUGAAAUAACUAGCUUCAAAAUGUAUUUAUUAAUUUUUAUCAGACUUCUGAGUGGUGGAAUAUUUUUGCUAUACUCAUUUCAACAUCAAACACUUAUCGAAGUUGUGCAAAAUGAGACUAUUAAUUAUAUUACUAUUUUAUUUUUAUCCAUUUAUUUUUUGGCAUUACUAAAUACUUUAUUAUUACCAUUACCUGCUUAUCAACCAAAAAAUCGGAAAAUUGAAUCUUUUGGUGGAACUUUAGGUAAAUCUAAUCUCAAGUACAUAUUCCCUUAUAAAUGUUUUCACAUCCAGCUUCAACUUUCAAAAUAAUGUCAACAAUUCCAAUGUCACUUCUAUCUAUAAUUUUCAUUUAUGCUGGAUUUUCCCGCUCAUUUUGGAUUGCAAUUUAUCCAACAUGCAUCAAAUUCACUUCAAAACUUGGGGAAAAUACUACAAAAUUGUUGGCAAUGAGUUGUAUUUCGAGUGGAAUUGGACAAGUAUCAUCGGGUUUCCUUAUGGCAAUAAUCGGAAAAAAUGCAAGAAAAAUAGGGAGAGAUGUUAUAUUAUUAAUUGCUGUCAUCAUUCAUCUUUUCGUAUUUUUCAUGAUUUUUCUACAUUUUCCGAUUGAUGCACCAUUGAAAACUACGGAUCAAGUUGGAUUAUUUGCACCAAGGUUCAGAUAAACAUAAGAAGAUUUUUGUAGUAAAAAUGUUUGCAGCAUCGAACUUGCAAUGUUGAGCUCAUUAUUUUUGGGAUUUGGAGAUGCGAUAAUUCAGACUCAGAUUUAUUCAUUUUUAUGUGAUGGGUAUUCAAAAGAAUCAUCUCACGCUUUUGCACUUUUUAAAUUUUAUAGUGUGAGUUUCGGAAAAAAUCCCUGCAAACAAAAAAGUUUAGGUCUUGAGAAACACAUUCUAAUCAGCCGAAAAAGAGUUCGGUUUUUCCAAAAAAAAAGAUCCGAUUUCCUGCAUUAAUUCGGACCUCUCUAAAAUUAACUAAAUUAAUCUACAAAAUUUUGAUUUGAUCCUCACGAACAUUUUUGCAGGCAGCCUCCUCAACUCUUGCAUUUUUCCUCUCCAAAUAUUUCACUCUUCCAAUGCAUCUUGCCCUUUAUUCAAUCUUUGCUGUAUUUUCCGCAUUUUCAGCAAUUCUCGCACAACGAAAAUAUUUCUAUAAAAUCCGACAUUUUCAACCAGAUUGUAUCGAGAUUUAUACUGUUGAUAAAAAAUGA